AAGACACUGUAAAACAAAUAAGUAUUUUUCAUUUUGACAAAUUUAAUUUAAAAUAUAAUUUAUAAAUAAUAAAUUCAAGUACUUCUAGAUUUAGGGUUUCUCUUUCCCUCCAAGCUGUGGUUUUCUCUGGCGAGAUCGGAUAGUCAGCAAAUGCAAUAGACUUGCCUCUUGUGGACAACAAGUUUAUGCCAAUAUGGAAACUCAAAACUCUAAUGUUUCACGAGCUGAAGAACUCAAACUCCUCGCCAAUGAAGCAUUUAAAGCCCACAAAUAUGCGCAAGCCAUAGAGCUAUAUACCCAAGCAAUUGAAAUAAACAGUCAGAAUGCUGUUUACUUGGCGAACCGCGCAUUUGCCCACCUUAAACUCGAGGAAUAUGGCAGUGCCAUACAGGAUGCAUCCAUGGCAAUUGAAGUUGAUCCAAAAUACUCAAAGGGUUACUAUAGGAGAGGUGCAGCGUUAUUGGCCAUGGGAAAAUUUAAAGAAGCACUGAAGGAUUUUCAACAGCUCAAGAAAAUCUGUCCAAAUGAUCCUGAUGCUUCUAAGAAAUUGAAGGAAUGUGAGAAAGCAGUAAUGAAACUUAAAUUUGAAGAAGCUAUUUCUGUACCAGAGGCUAAGAGGCGUUUAGUUGCUGAUUCUAUUGAUUAUCAUUCUAUAGGAGCUGGCCCCAGUUCAUCAUCAGUGCCCACUGAAGUGGCUGUAGCAGCAAUAGCAAUAGCAAUAGCAAUUGUAGCAGCAAUGCUGAUGAUGGUGGGAACAACAACAGCCAUAGUGGUAGCCACAAUAGUGGUGGUGGUGUUGAUGAUCCUGGGGGCAUGUUGGUUUAGUGGCAGGAUUGCUGGUGUCUUUACCAAGAGUCGAGUACAUAACCUAGAUGUGGAUCCGCAAUAUUCAGGUGCAAGGAUAGAAGGGGAUGUUGUUACAUUGGAUUUUGUGAAGAAAAUGAUGGAGGAUUUCAAGAACGAAAAAUGCAUACACAAAAGAUAUGCAUUCCAGAUUGUCUUGCAAACUAGAGAAUUGUUGCGGGCCUUGCCUUCUCUUGUUGAUAUAAAUGUUCCUGAGGGAAAACACUUUACUGUUUGUGGUGAUGUGCAUGGUCAGUUCUAUGACCUCUUGAAUAUUUUUGAGCUUAAUGGGCUUCCCUCAGAAGAAAAUCCAUAUCUAUUUAAUGGUGACUUUGUGGAUAGAGGAUCAUUCUCCUUGGAGGUCAUCCUCACACUAUUUGCGUUUAAGUGCAUGUCCCCGUCAGCCAUGUACCUUGCCAGAGGCAACCAUGAAAGCAAAAGCAUGAAUAAGAUAUAUGGUUUUGAAGGCGAAGUGCGCUCCAAAUUGAAUGAAACAUUUGUCGAACUAUUUGCAGAAGUGUUUUGUUGUUUACCAUUGGCCCAUGUAAUAAAUGAGAAGAUUUUUGUAGUUCAUGGGGGUCUUUUUAGUGUUGAUGGGGUGAAACUCUCUGACAUUAGAGCAAUUGAUCGGUUCUGUGAACCUCCUGAGGAAGGAUUGAUGUGUGAAUUACUAUGGAGUGAUCCCCAGCCUAACCUUGGAAGAGGCCCCAGCAAGCGGGGUGUGGGACUUGCAUUUGGUGCUGAUGUGACAAAAAGAUUUUUGCAGGAAAACAAUUUAGAUCUAGUUGUGCGCUCACACGAGGUAAAGGAUGAGGGCUAUGAGAUUGAGCAUGAUGGUAAACUAAUUACUGUAUUUUCGGCUCCAAAUUACUGUGAUCAGAUGGGUAACAAAGGUGCCUUCAUUCGUUUUGAGGCGCCCGAUUUGAAGCCUAACAUUGUUACCUUCUCAGCAGUGCCACACCCUGAAGUCAUGCCAAUGGCAUAUGCUAACAACUUCCUCCGGAUGUUUCAAUAACUUAUGUGGCUGGCCAGGGCUUCCAUUGCCGGUAUUUGGCGGUGCUACAUGUAAGCUUCUCUGCUGAACUCGAAAAACGGUGGUGGCUGUUCGGAGAAGAGCAGAUCUGCACGUUGCCGAGCUCAGUUUCUUGAUGUGAUGAUUUUUAGAGAUGCAAUUCGUUUAUUUUCUGAUACUUCUUUUCACUAGGAAGAGUACUUUUUGGCUUUCUGUUUGAUAAUGUUUCCCUUUUAUGCUGGCCAGGAAAAAAAAAGUUAAAAUAUUUAGAUGGAAAAUUAUGCUCACACGAGUCUGCCUACAAAAAAUGGUGGCAUUUUCAAUCUGUAUAAAUUACUUCCAGUGUUAUCAUUUUCCUUUCAUAUAUUCGUUUUCUUAUGUUUCUUCUUUACUCUUUGAGAUCUGAAUAUUGGCAAUGAAUGUGUGAUACAAAUAAAGUUGCUAUUUCUUUCAA